AUGCAUAUUUAAAAGAUUUCAAGAUCGAUCAUCAACCGAAGUUGCUUUUCGACAUCAGCAGUAAACGAAGGCACUUUCUUGGAUUAAGUGAUGGCUUAUUUCAAUAAGGCAUCUGGCCAUACAAAUAUAAGUCAAGAUAAAUUGGACUUCUACAAGAGUACAGAUAUAGUGAUAAAAUUCAAUUUGCCAUUGGUGAGAGAUGAUGGAACCUACGUUUGUGUGCCUGCAUACAGAGCUCAACACAAGACUUACAGAUUGCCUACAAAAGGAGGAACAAGGUUGAGUCCUCACAUCAAUAUUGAGGAAGUAGAGGCAUUGUCAUUUUUGAUGACAUUAAAAAACUCUAUUUUAGAUUUACCAUAUGGUGGUGCUAAGGGUGGCAUUGGCAUCAACCCUCGUAAAUUUUCAAAAAGAGAAAUUGAGACUUUGAUGAGGAGAUACACUUUGGAAUUGGCAAAGAAGAAUUUCAUUGGUGCAGCUAUUGAUGUACCAGGACCAGAUCUUGGAACUGGUGAAUAAGAGAUGAGUUGGAUGAAGGAUGCAUAUACUAAAUUCAAAGGACACUAGGACAUCAAUUCUGUGGGAUGUGUGACUGGUAAAGCAAUCAAUUAAGGGGGAAUCUCUGGUAGAUAGGAGUCAACAGGAAUGGGAAUAUUCUUUGCUACAAGGGAGAUCUUGAGUGAUGUGAAGUAUUGUCAAUCUGUGGGCAUUGAGCCAAGUUUGAGGGGUAAAUUCAAUAAUAAUUUAAGGAUAUGGAAAUGUUGGUUCAUUUCUGUGCUAAAUACAUGUAUGAUUUAUGGAGCCCAAAAAUAAAUUGGAGUUCGCUGA